GCCCUGGCCCCGCGCUGGAGCCAUGGGCGGGAGGCAGGGCGCGCUGCGCACCGGGCUAGGCUGCGCCCUGCUGCUGGGCCUCUUCCUGCUGGGCUUCCUGGCAGGCUGGUUAAUGAAACCCACUAAAAAAAUCACCAGCUCAGCAGAUGCUUAUCAAAAUGUGAGACAGAAACUUGUGGCUGAAAUGAAAGCAGAAAACAUCAAGCAGUUUCUUCGUUCGUUUACAAAGUUUCCUCAUCUGGCAGGAACAGAACAGAACCUUCACCUUGCUAAGCAAAUUCAAGCCCAGUGGAAGGAAUUUGGAUUGGAUUCAGCGGAGCUCGUUCAUUAUGAUGUCCUCCUUUCCUACCCAAAUGAAACUCAGCCCAACUAUGUCUCAAUUAUUGAUGAUCAAGGGAAUGAGAUUUUCAAUACAUCGUUGUUUGAGCCGCCCCCUCAGGGAUAUGAAAACAUUACUGGUGUGCUGCCACCAUAUAAUGCUUUUUCAGCUCAAGGAGUGCCAGAGGCAGAUCUGGUGUACGUGAACUAUGGCCGCACAGAAGAUUUUUUCAAACUAGAGCGAGAGAUGGGAAUUAAUUGUACUGGAAAGAUUGUCAUUGCCAGAUAUGGGAAAAUUUUCAGAGGAAACAAAGUUAAAAAUGCCAUAUUAGCUGGAGCCAAAGGGAUUAUACUGUAUUCAGACCCCGCUGACUAUUGCGCCCCUGGAGUAGAUCCUUAUCCAGGUGGCUGGAACCUUCCUGGAGGUGGAGCCCACCGCGGGAAUGUGUUAAAUCUGAAUGGGGCAGGGGAUCCUCUCACGCCAGGUUAUCCAGCAAAAGAAUACACCUUCAGGUCUGAAGUUGAUGAGGGAGUGGGAAUUCCCAAAAUCCCAGUUCAUCCCAUUGGAUAUCAUGAUGCAGAAAUAUUAUUACGCAUCCUGGGAGGACCUACAGCACCAGACAGUAGCUGGAGGGGGAACCUCAAUGUGUCUUACAACAUUGGGCCUGGAUUUGCAGGCAGCUAUUCUACAAGAAAGGUCAGAAUGCAUGUCCACACUCACAGCAAAAUCACACGAAUUUACAAUGUUAUUGGCACUAUCAGUGGCGCGGAGGAACCAGACAGAUAUAUUAUUCUGGGAGGACAUAGAGACUCCUGGGUAUUUGGUGGGAUUGAUCCAACCACUGGUGCAGCUGUUCUUCAAGAAGUUGCUCGGAGUUUCGGCAAAAUGGUGAUGGAAGGUUGGAGACCUAAAAGAACUAUUAUUUUUGCUAGCUGGGACGCAGAAGAAUUUGGACUAUUAGGUUCCACAGAAUGGGCUGAGGAGAAUGCUAAAGUUCUUCAGGAACGGGCCGUUGCUUACAUCAACACAGAUUCUUCUAUAGAAGGCAACUACACUUUAAGAGUUGACUGCAGCCCCCUUCUCUACAAAUUGGUGUAUAAUCUGACAGAAGAGAUUGCAAGCCCCGAUGAGGGUUAUGAAGGCAAGUCUCUCUAUGAGAGCUGGCUUGAAAAGGACCCUUCAACAGAAAGUAAAAGUCAUCCCAGAAUAAACAAACUGGGAUCAGGCAGUGAUUUUGAAGCUUAUUUUCAGCGGCUGGGAAUCACAUCAGGCAGAGCCCGUUAUACGAAGAACAGGAGAGCAGACAAGUUCAGCAAUUACCCAGUUUACCACACCGUCUAUGAGACUUUUGAGUUAGUAGAACGAUUUUAUGACCCCACAUUCACGAAACAGCUUACUGUUGCCCAGUUACGAGGAGGAUUGGUGUAUGAACUGGCAGAUUCCCAGGUCAUUCCUUUCAACUGCCAAGAUUAUGGAGAAGCCUUAAGAAAAUACACAAAUAGAAUCUAUAAUUUGAGCAAGAAACAUGAAGAACAGGUAGAGACUUAUGGAGUGUCAUUUGGUCCCCUUUUUUCUGCUGUGACGAAUUUCACAGAAGCUGCCGCUGAUUUUCACAGAAGACUUAAAGAAGUUGAUGUGAAUAAUCCAAUUGCUGUGCGAAUCAUGAAUGAUCAGCUGAUGUUUGUGGAAAGAGCUUUCAUCGAUCCUCUUGGUUUACCGGGCAGGAAAUUUUACAGACACAUUGUUUUUGCUCCGAGCAGCCACAACAAAUACGCUGGAGAGUCAUUCCCAGGGAUCUACGAUGCCAUGUUUGAUAUUGAAAAUAAAGCGGAUCAGCGCAAAGCCUGGGAAGACGUAAAGAGGCAGAUCUCCAUUGCAGCCUUCACUGUGCAGGCUGCAGCAGGGACUCUGAAGGACGUAGCGUAGGAACAAGGCACCAGCAGGCUUGAACACAUGGCUAGCUCUUAAAAAAUGGCAGUUAAUGUACUGGAGUGAUGCCAUUUGCACUUUGUGCACAGUAUUUACUAGGGUUGCAAUAUAACCAGCCUUUUGCAUACAGAAGUCCCAUGGGAGUUAGUGAGAGCUGUUGGUGUUAUGGGACUGUUGUUUAAGGAACC